AUGUUCUCGCUCAGCAAGAUCGCCACCUUUGCGCUUCUCGCGUUCGGCACUGCCGCCUCUGCUGUCCCCGCUAAGCGCGCGGACUCGGACGCAGUCACCAUCCUCAACGACCUGACUUCGUCGGUCACCCCUGUCGCCGCGCAAUUCACCUCGCUGACGGCUGACAACGCCACCGCUGCGAACGUCCAGCCCAUCGUUGACCAGAUCAACGGUCUCGUCUCGGACGCCAACACCAAGCUCGCCGCUCUCCCCGCCGGCUCCGCAGACACCGACUCGACGACUCAGGCUCUCGCUAACGUUCUCUCGGCGAUCCUCGAGCCGGCCAAUACCCUCAUCACGACCGAGGGCGUCGACGCUGCCUCGCUCAUCCCCAUUACGACCCAGCUCGGCAUCACCCUCGCGGCGCUCAUUCAGAACGUCCUCACCCUCGUUCAGGAGGUGCUUGAGCUCGUCGUCCAGAUCCUCCAGGGCCUCAUCUCUGGCCUCGGCGGCAUCCUCGGCGACCUCGGCCUUAGCUCGAUCCUCGGUCUCUAA